AUGCUGCAGCAAAUUUUGCGUGAUAUGUAUAUUGACCCUGAGCUCCUGGCAGAGCUGAACGAAGAGCAAAAGCAGAUCUUAUUCUACAAGAUGAGAGAAGAGCAGCUGAGGCGCUGGAGGGAAAGGGAAGAAAAAGCCCGAAUGGAGGAGGCUGUGCUGAGAAAGACAGCAAGGCGCAACCAGAAGCCUCAUAAGUCUUGUAACGGCAAGCGCGUGCAGUGGCUGCGGGGCAAGGACGGUGAGGUCUGGGUCUGGGUGAUGGGAGAAGCCCCGGGGGACAAACCCUACGAGCAGAUCUCGGAGGAGCUCAUAGCAGAGCGGGCCAGGCUGCAGGCACAGAAGGAGGCAGAAGAGCUAUGGAGACAAAAGGAAGCUGAAAUAACAAAGAAAUUCCGUGAUGCUAUGGCUCAAGAAAAAGCCAGAAUAGUGGCAGAAAAAUGGAAAAUAGAAAUGGAGGACCGGAAAGCAGCCAAACUGGAGGAAGAAAAAAUUCAAGAGGAACUGAAGAAAAGAGAAGAAGAGGAGAGACAGAAAGGUGAGGAACUAAUCAGACAGCAGGAAGAAAUCCGGGCAAAGGAGCUGUACCUGAGCCUCAAGCAAGCUCAGCAGCACAGUCAGCACAGCGACGAUGACCAGGAGUGGGAAGAACAGUUGCGCCGCUCCAAGGCUGCCGACGAAGAGAGGAGCCACAAAGCGCGAAGGGCGCGGGACGAGUACCGACGGCAGUCCCUGCGUGCCAUCCAGAAGGGAAGAGUGGCUGGCCUGAGUCAUUUGUUCCAGGGGACAAACCUGAGCAAUGAUCAGGAGAUCAAACUGAACAACAACAGUGCAACUCCUUUGCUGUCUCCUGCAGCUAACAUCUGGGAGCGCCCUUCUCGGCCCUUCUCCCGAGACGUCAUCAUCCGCUGGUUCAAGGAGGAGCAGAUCCCUCGGCGGGCUGGCUUUGAGAGGAGCACCAACAGGAUUGCUCAGUGGUUCCAUGGCAUUAUCAGCCGUCAGGAAGCAGAGGAGCUGUUGAUGAAUAAAUCUGAAGGCGCGUUCCUGGUGCGAGUCAGUGAGAAAAUCUGGGGCUAUGCCUUGUCCUACCGCCAGCAAAACGGCUUCAAGCACUUCCUGGUGGAUGCUUCUGGGGAUUUCUACAGCUUCCUGGGGGUAGAUCCAAACCGACACCCAACGCUCACAGACCUGAUUGAUUUUCACAAGGAAGAAAUCAUCACGUCCUCAGGUGGGGAGCUACUCCUGGAGCCAUGUGGACAGCAGAAGAAUCCUCCAGACUACAGCCCUUUAUUUGAAUAA